GGAGACUAUUCUAAUAAAAAAAGGUUUGAACAACAAGAUGGCGACGUCGUCUUCGUUAUUGAGAGUGUCCUCUUAUGGACUUUCACGAAAUAAUAUUACGUAUCCACUGUUAAAUUACUUAGAUAUAGAUCUAGUUGUGUCAAGAACAUACUGCACAACAGGAACAUCUAAUGAUGUCACUGAAAACAGAACCUCUGAAAAUAUUACCAAUGUUUCCAGAAUGUCACCAAACCGUUACAGACAGUAUCACAGGAAACCCCCAGAGAUGGCUUAUAAAGAUUUGAUACAUAAAAGAAACCUCUAUGCUACUUAUGGGAAUGCCUCUGGGGAAGAUGCUAGGCUAUUAUGGCCGUCAAGAAAGAAAUUAUUAGACCAAGAGCAAGAAGAAAAAGAAGAAGGAAAACCUUUACUGGAAAGACUGGCACAAAUAGAAGCAGACAAGAAAAUGGAAGAGCAGAAAAGGUUGCAGAGACAUGAAAAGAUAGAAAAGAAUAUGGCACAGAUGAAUAAAUGGAUAACAGAAUAUAAGAAGAAACAUGAGACAGUUGCAUUGCAAGCAAAAGAAAGAGAAGCUAAAAAAGAAGCCUUACUAGAAGAAGCUAGAGAGUAUUUUGGAUAUAAAAUUCAAUACAACGAUCCCAAAUUUCAAGAAAUGUUAGCUCAAAAAGAAGAAACAGAAAAGAAAGAAGCCAAAAAGAAGAAGAAAGAAGCAAAGUUAAAAAAACUAGCAGAUUAUUUAUCCAGUCCUGAUGGGAAAAAAUCUGAGUCUGCAGAACCAGGAAAAUUAAAAUCAUAAACUAUGA